AUGAAAUGUAUAACCACCAAACAUUGGAUGGAUAGAUAUCUAUUAUCUUCAUUGUCAUCUUCAACUUUACAGAUAUUUAAAAGUGGUGCAAGUACAAUAUUACCUACUUGUAGUAGUAGUUAUAGAUAUUAUUCAAAAACAUCAACAUCAUCAACAUGUUCAUCAUCAACUGCUAGUAAUGGUAGUAGUAGUACGGUUAAUGAAGAAAGGAAUAGAUUAUUAGAAUCAUCAUUACAAUUAUUAAAACAAUUAAAAGAGAAACAAUCAUCAUCGUCGACGAUGAUAUUAAAUAAGAAAGAUGAAUUAUUGACAGAUACAUUUGGAAGAAAACAUACAUAUUUACGUAUAUCAUUGACUGAAAGAUGUAAUCUUAGAUGUCAAUAUUGUAUGCCAGAGGAAGGUGUACAGUUACAACCUUCAGAGAAUAUAAUGACCGAUCAAGAGAUUAUCAAACUGUCACGAUUGUUUGUGUCGGCUGGUGUCACCAAGAUAAGAUUCACAGGCGGUGAACCAUUGGUACGAAAAAACAUAGAGUCAAUGAUUGAAGAGAUUGGUAAGAUCAAAGGACUAGAAACCAUUGCAAUGACGACCAAUGCAAUUGCUCUUGGUCGUAAAUUGGAACGAUUACAAAAGGCUGGUCUCAACCUACUCAACAUUAGUCUCGAUACACUAGACGCCAACAAAUUCACAAUCAUCACACGUCGACUUGGAUGGGACAAGGUCAAAGAAUCAAUAGACAAAGCAUUAUCACUUGGUUUUAAUCCUGUUAAAAUUAAUUGUGUUGUUAUGAAAAAUAUUAAUCAUUAUGAAAUUAAUGAUUUUGUUGAAAUGACAAGAGAUAAACCAAUUGAAGUUAGAUUUAUAGAAUAUAUGCCAUUUGAUGGUAAUAGAUGGAGUGAUCAGAAAUUUGUAUCGUACAAGGAGAUGUUGGACAUCAUUAAAACCAAGUAUGAAACGAUCGAGAAAAUACCAGAGGAUCAUCCAAACAAUACAAGUAAAACCUAUCAAGUACCAGGGUUUAGAGGCAAAGUUGGAUUCAUCACAUCGAUGAGUGAACAUUUUUGUGGUAGUUGUAAUCGUUUGCGCCUAACAGCCGACGGUAAUCUAAAGGUUUGUCUAUUUGGCAACGAUGAAGUUAGUCUAAGAGAUUUAAUGAGACAUGGUGUUUCAGAUGACGAUCUACUCUUAAUCAUCAAUCAAGCAGUCCUAAAAAAGAAAGCUUCCCUUGGAGGUAAUAAUAAUAUGCAUGAAAUAUCUCAAAAUAAAAAUAGACCAAUGAUUUUGAUUGGUGGAUAA